GAUACAAGUUUUAGUAUAUAAUUGAGUUUGAACGCAUUAAAAACAUAAUUGCGAGUUUGAUCAAUCAUAAUAAAUAUAAAUAAAAACUUUCAAGUUGUUCAAAAAGUAAAAGCCUUUCUUUAAGUGUCAGCAACUUUCAAAGAUGGGAUCACGCGAUGAUUAUACCUCCAAAGAAGCUAAACUAAUCAAUCAAGCAAAACGGGAAUUGGCCAAUGGCAUGGACAAGGAUCCCGUGGAAAAAUUAAGACUUAUGUGCUAUGCUAAAGGAGCUAAAGGCAUCUUGGGCUUGGCCAGAGCCUUUCGCAAUAUGGAUCGCAAUGGCGAUAAACUUAUGCAUGAGAAGGAAUUUAUUGAUGGUAUAAAGCAAGCUGGUCUACCCCUUAAUGAAGACGAAAGUAAGUACAUGUUCCGGCGAUUUGACGAGAAUAAUAAUGGCUCUAUACAUAUGGAUGAGUUCCUAAGCAAAUUGAGGCCUACGAUAAAUAAGGGCCGAUUCGACUUGAUCGAGAGAGCUUUUCAGAAAAUGGACCGCAGCGGUGAUGGAAUGAUUACCGCGGAAGAUUUGAAAAAUGUGUACACGGUUAAGUAUCAUCCGAAAUACCUGAGCGGGGAGUUAACCGAAAAGGAGAUACUUGGUCGAUUUUUGGAGCACUUCGAUACAAGCUGUGGCAUCCAUGAUGGCAAAGUAAGCAAAGAAGAUUUCCUUAACUAUUACGCCACCAUAAGUGCCUCGAUCGACAGCGAUGCCUAUUUUGAUUUAAUCAUGCGACAAUCUUAUAAACUUUAA